CGGAUUCUUUACCAACUGAGCUAUCAGGGAAGCCCCAAGAGCCCUGAGCUAUCAAAGGACUAAAAAGCGAUCAGGUAGGUCUUCUAGAAAACUGAGCCUGAGGUUUCAGAGAAGGUGGGUAAAUCUGCCAGGGCACAGCUUCACCAACAAGGCUUCACUCAAGUUUGCAUGAAGUCACGGCUGCAGUGGAUGCCCUGCAGUAAUACAAGUGCCAGCUCCACCACUGACUCUGAGCAAAUCACUUUACUUCUCUGGACCUCAGUUUUCUCAUCUGAAAAAUUAAAACCAUAUUUUUUUCCCCACUGUGAAGCCAGUAAUUUUUUAAGUAAGACAAUGGAUGUAAGAUGUUUGGCACAAUGCUGGGUACUCAGGGCUUCAUAAAAGGUCCCUCUGUUUGCUAGUUACCACCAACAAAUUCCUCUUAGACCCAUUGUCUCUGUAAAGGUAAAUUUGUUACAUUAAAAUGGCUAAGUGUAGAGGGUAAAAACUGGUAGAACGAGUUGAAACAAACUGCUUUUCAUUUUCGGCAAAUCCCACCCAGCUCAUCCCCCUGAGGCUUCAAACUGAGCGUAAGAAUAACUCAGUGGGACUCCGCACUCACGGAGACUCUCUGGGGAGGGACUCCCCAGUCCUUAGGGAUGCUGGCCUCCUCCUUUCCCAGCAUUUGUCUCCUGCAGGGGGUGGCUGAGACAGCCAGGCGGGCCAGGAAGGGGGCUAGUGUCAGAGGUCACUAGACCAAAAAGAAACGGUUCUAUUUCCCUGGCAGGGCCUGUUUUACAACAGAUCAGAACAUUUUCAGGCUACAGAGGAAACAUCCCUUGCCAUAAACUAAUCCUUUCUGAUUAGACUCUUGCCUAAGGCACAGAAGGGUAAAAUCCUGGGGUAUGAUGUUGGGGGCUGGCUGGUUCAUUGUGAUGCGAUUCAUUGUGAUGCCCGCUUUGCUUUCUUCCCUGAGGCCUGGCUGUGGCUCCAUCACAGUUCACAGAUAUAAAGCAGCUAGAAAGAACCCAACUGACCUUCAAACCGAAAACUUUCAUUUCACAGUUGAAGAAACUCAGAGAUGGGGAGUUAAUUUGCCUAAGGUCUACACAGCCAGCCUGACCACACCUCAAGAGGGCUCCUCUGGAUUCUGGCCUUACCUUGAAAACCUCCAUCAGACUGGCAGGAGUAGCUGAAACCCCUGCCUUUCCCUGAGAGAGAAAGGAGUGGGCCAAGAUGAGGCUCUCAGGAAGACAGAGCAAAGGAAUGAUGUGUCAAAAGGUAUGUGGGGGGGAGGUGGGGAGGAGAAAAGAAAGAAAGAGAGAGGAAAACAAAAGAUACCAAGACUGGCUGAGACUUCAGUUCAGAUUCGUGGUGGAAGCUCUAUAAAAAGUCCUAGCAUUGUCAUGUUUGUUUGUGGAUCUUCUGGGUUUACCAACCUUGUUCUUUACGGAAGAAAGCUCAUGGCAAUCAUUCCACAAUUACUUCAUCUAACAGGCAACAGAUUUCUCCUGCGUUUCCAAUGCAGAAUGAAGCACUUACUGGAGUUUGGGAAAUGACUGGCUAGCUAAGGUUUCGAAGGUGACCGACUUCAACUUUUCCAUCCCUUGUGUGCUGGCCAGAGAACCCAAAGGAGGGCCUGGCACACAUUAGGUGUUCCAUACAUGUCUGCUGAAUCGAGGCCAGUGACUUCAGCUCAAAGGGACAGCCACAUGCGGAGUGAGAUGACUGAAGAUUCAGAUCUGGGCUCUGACACUCACUAGCUCAUGCCCUUGGGCAAGUCACGUUUACCUUCGGGCUUCCAUUUCCUCACCUGUGAAGUGUGUGUGUGUUGGGGGAGGAAGAGAGCGUGCUAAUAGCUACCACAGUGGGUUGCUGAAUAACUGUAAAAGACUAUUCAGAAAUAAGCGUCCCCUUAAAGGGAGAGCUCUAGGAAAAAAGAAAGGGGACUUGCAUAGAGGCCCACAGGGGAAGAUCUGCUCUCUCCUUUGGGAAUUCCCUGGUGGCUGUGAAGAAGCCAAUGCCAGUUAGGGGAGGAGGCCAAGGGGAUUUGGCAGGGUGGUGGUGGGGAGGGGCGGGGGGAAGGCUGUUCCAAUAUUCCAAGUAUCCAGGAUACUAGAAACAGGAAUCAAGAUUUUCUGCAGCCAAGUAUCUGUUUGUCCCUGUAUUUUUCCUCUGGCUAUCUUCUCUCCAGCAUUUUUUUUUUCCUCCUCCCUCAUCUCCACCCCCACCUCCUCAGCAAGGAAGGAAUUGGCCAGUUCCACCCAGCCAGCACCCCCCAUGGCUCCGCCCCCAACUCGGCAGGCCAAGAGUUAACAGCUGCACCUGUUGAGGUAUACCUGCUGUCGCCGGCACCUGUACCUGCAGCCAAUCAGCGCCAGCGCUGCCGGGAACCUACCUGUCAGCAGAAUCCCCACACUGAAACCUCAACAUAAAUCAAACAGUUCCCUGGGCAGGGAAUGUCUGUGUCAGGCGAGAAUUAGAGACGAGCGGUCAGCAGAGCCUCGGUGCCGGGUGCCGAUCCAUCGUUCCAGCCUGGGAGCCUGGGAGCAGGAAGAUGUCGAAUGAACUUGAUUUCAGAUCUGUUCGGCUGCUAAAGAAUGACCCAGUUAACUUCCAGAAGUUCCCCUACACUAACGAGGAUGAGGCCUGGAAGACCUACCUUGAAAACCCCCUGACGGCGGCCACAAAGGCCAUGAUGAGAGUCAACGGGGACGAUGACAGCGUUGCAGCCCUGAGCUUCCUCUAUGAUUACUACAUGGGCCCCAAGGAGAAGCGGCUACUGUCCUCCAGCACUGGGGGCCGGAAUGACCAAGGCAAGAGGUACUACCAUGGCAUGGAAUAUGAGAUGGACCUCACCCCCCUUGAAAGUCCCACGCACCUCAUGAAAUUCCUGACAGAGAAUGUGUCUGGAACCCCAGAAUACCCAGAUGUGCACAAGAAGAAUAACCUAAUGAGCGUGGAGGGGGCUGCACCCACGCCAGGCAAGGCAGCUCUCCUUCCCGCAGGCCCCAGCAAGCUGGAAACCGGCUCCGUGGACAGCUACCUGCUGCCCACCAGCGAUGUGUAUGAUAAUGGCUCCCUCACCUCCUUGUUUGAGAGCAUUCACGGGGUGCCUCCCACGCAGCGCUGGCAGCCUGACAGCACCUUCAAAGAUGACCCACAGGAGUCUCUACUCUUCCCAGAUAUCCUGAAAACAUCCCCAGAACCCCCGGGUCCAGAGGACUAUCCCAAUCCCAAGAGUGACUUUGAGUAUACCCUGGGCUCCCCCAAAGCCAUCCACGUCAAGUCAGGCGAGUCACCCAUGGCCUACCUCAACAAGGGCCAGUUCUACCCUGUCACCCUGCGGACGCCAGCGGGCGGCAAGGGCCUCGCCUUGUCCUCCAGCAAGGUCAAGAGCGUGGUGAUGGUGGUCUUCGACAAUGAGAAGGGCCCGGUUGAGCAGCUGCGCUUCUGGAAGCACUGGCAUUCGCGGCAGCCCACCGCCAAGCAGCGGGUCAUCGACGUGGCCGACUGCAAAGAAAACUUCAACACUGUCCGGCACAUUGAGGAGGUGGCGUAUAAUGCACUGUCCUUUGUGUGGGAUGUCCAUGAGGAGGCCAAGGUGUUUGUUGGUGUCAACUGCCUCAGCACAGACUUCUCCUCCCAGAAGGGGGUGAAGGGCGUCCCCUUGAACCUGCAGAUCGACACCUACGACUGUGGCUCCGGCACCGAGCGCCUGGUGCACCGCGCUGUCUGCCAGAUCAAGAUCUUCUGUGACAAGGGAGCAGAAAGAAAGAUGCGGGAUGAUGAGCGGAAGCAGUUCCGGAGGAAGGUCAAGUGCCCCGACUCCAGCAACAGUGGCAUCAAGGGCUCCCUGCUAGCCGGCUUCAGGGGCAAUGAGACCACCUACCUGCGGCCUGAGGCGGACCUGGAGACCCCGCCAGUGCUGUUCAUCCCCAGCGUGCACUUCUCCAGCCUUCAGCGUCCUGGAGGGGUAGUGCUCUCAGCGGGACACGGCAGCUCCAACAGGCUGUCUCUGAAGCGCCCCUGCUCACCCUUCGCCGAGGAGUUUGAGCCUCUGCCCUCCAAACAGGCCAAGGACGAUGAUCUGCAGAGAGUUCUGCUGUACGUGCGGAGGGAGACUGAGGAGGUAUUUGACGCCCUCAUGUUGAAGACCCCGGACCUGAAGGGGCUGAGGAGUGCGAUCUCUGAGAAGUAUGGGUUCCCUGAAGAGAACAUUUACAAAGUCUACAAGAAAUGCAAGCGAGGAAUCCUGGUCAACAUGGACAACAACAUCAUCCGGCAUUACAGCAACCAUGUCGCCUUCCUGCUGGACAUGGGGGAGCUCGACGGCAAGAUUCAGAUCAUCCUCAAGGAGCUGUGAGGCCUGCGCGCCCACACCCACGGCCUCCUGACAUGGGCUGCAGGCGGGGAGCCAGCUGGGCAGUGGCCCCCAGCCACACACGACCUCUCCUCGGGCCCCAGCGCCGUUACUUGGACGUCUUCCCUGCAGAGGCCCUCGACCCACAGACCCACAGACAUCGAGGCCCGGAGGGGCCCUGAUCUGAAGCCCCACCUCGUGCUUGAAUCCGCUCUCCGAGCUUCCGGCCAGACGACGUCGUGUCCGUUAACCAGCCCAGGGGCCUGUUUGCUCCUCCUCAGACCUUCUCCCCAGCCCAUCGCCCUCAGGCUGCCCAUUCAGGUUGGGGACGCCAGCCCUGUCUCCCCAAGCCGACUUGACCCUUGGACCCACUUUUGACUCUUCCAUCAACUUCAGACCAACGAGUGCUCACCCUUUGGUCACUGAGUUAACUGUCAAACACUUGACUUUCCAGUGCAAAUGACUUUUAAAAAGACAGUGUAGUGGACACACUCUCCACAUAGACUUUACUUCUUCAACACAGGUUGGAAAUCAGAGCUGAUCGACUGGGGCAAAGUGGCCUCUGUGUGGAACAGCCUCCAUCCCCACUCACUGUUGUAUACAUUUCUUAUUUACAAUUUUCAUUUAUGUUAUAUAUAUAUAAGUAUAUAUUGUAUAUAUAAGCAACAUUUUAUAUUUUUCAUGGAUACAUUUUUAUCAUUUCAAAAAAUGUGUAUUUCACAUUUCUUGGAUUAUUUUUUUAGCUGUUAUUCAGUUAUGCAUUUUGUAUACUCAUGUGCUAUUUAGUAAUAAAAUUCUCCGUAUGUAUUACUUCAAA